AUGAGAUUAGAUAGGCUUGGGAUUACAGCUGUGUUUCCUUGUGUGUUUUGUGGCUUCUUCAUGGAAUCUUUGGACCAUGUGUUUUUGCAUUGUCGGUUUGCUUCAGAUUGGUGGUAUUGGCUGUUUGGUAGGAUUCAAUAUUUCAUUUUUGAGGUGGUGAUUUCCUAUAUUUAUAAAAAUUUGGAUCCUUUAUGUUCCUUUUUCCAUUGGGAUAAUUGGGUGACAUGGAAUUGGGAGGCUCUUCGAGUCAUUCCCUCUCAUGGGGCUGUAUCAUUAGAUUUAUCUUCUGUUGUCAAGCGUAGGCUUGCUAAAUGGUCCCCUCCACUGCAACUCUCUUUUAAAUUAAAUUUUGAUGGGGCUGCCAAGGGCAAUUCGGGCAAAUCCAGGAUUGGAGCUGUCCUUUUUGACCAUAACUCAAAAUUGGUCAAAGUUGCUUGUAAGUAUAUUGGUUUUGGUUCUAACAAUUCUGCAGAAUUUCAUGCUUUAUCAUUUGGUCUGGAUUUAGCUAUUUCUCAUUAA